AUGGCUCGACACGCGUAUCUGUGUCUCGGUGUGUUGUUGCUCAGCUGUCUCGUGUACAGUACGCGAGUUAAGCGACAAGAUGAUGAUUCCGGUGGAGACGAUGCAACCCCAGAACAAUUGUGCGAGGGUCGCCCGGCUGAUGAAUAUUUCCGGCUUACCACUGAAGGAGACUGCCGCGAUGUAGUCAGGUGCGACAAGGGCGGUGAGAACGGGGUGACGCGGCUCGCCUCUGUGCGUUGCCCAGGCGGUCUCGCAUUCGAUAUCGACCGUCAAACUUGUGACUGGAAAACCCAUGUUAAGAAUUGCAAAGAACUAGAAAGUCUUAAACAAAUCACUUGCCCGUCUGGACUGGCUUUCGAUCUUGAUAAACAAACCUGCGACUGGAAGGGUAAAGUGAACAACUGUGGCAAAUUUGAGAAGCCAAGGAAAGUGUUGCCUAUUCUGAAAACCGAUGAACCCAUCUGCCCUGAAGGAAAGUUAGCCUGCGGUAGUGGUGACUGCAUAGAAAAAGAACUAUUCUGUAACGGGAAGCCUGAUUGCAAAGAUGAGUCUGACGAAAACGCGUGCACUGUUGACGUCGAUCCUAACAGAGCCCCUGACUGUGACCCCAACCAGUGUGUGCUGCCUGAUUGCUUCUGCUCCGCUGACGGAACUCGUAUCCCGGGAGGUAUCGAACCCAACCAAGUACCUCAGAUGGUUACCAUUACUUUUAAUGGUGCCGUAAACGUAGACAAUAUUGACCUGUACGAGCAAAUAUUCAAUGGAAACCGUCACAAUCCCAACGGUUGCCAGAUUCGAGGAACGUUCUUCGUAUCCCACAAAUACACAAAUUACGCCGCCGUUCAAGAAUUACACCGUAAAGGUCACGAAAUAUCUGUCUUCUCUAUAACACACAAAGACGACCCUCUAUAUUGGACCAGUGGAACUUACGAUGAUUGGCUAGCAGAAAUGGCUGGUGGUCGUUUGAUUGUAGAGCGUUUCGCUAACAUUACUGAUUCCUCAAUUAUUGGUAUACGUGCUCCCUACCUGCGUGUUGGUGGAAACAAACAAUUCGAAAUGAUGGCAGACCAGUACUUUGUUUAUGAUGCUUCAAUUACCGCUCCACUCAACCGUGUGCCCAUUUGGCCUUACACUCUGUACUUCCGUAUGCCUCACAAAUGCAACGGUAAUGCACACAACUGCCCAUCAAGAAGCCACCCAGUUUGGGAAAUGGUUAUGAAUGAAUUGGACAGAAGAGACGAUCCAACAUUCGAUGAAUCACUGCCUGGUUGUCAUGUCGUCGAUUCUUGUUCUAACAUCCAAACCGGUGAGCAAUUCGCACGUCUUCUGCGUCACAACUUCAACCGCCACUACACGACCAACCGUGCCCCACUUGGUCUACACUUCCACGCUUCAUGGUUGAAAUCCAAAAAAGAAUUUAGAGAUGAAUUGAUUAAAUUCAUAGAAGAGAUGUUAGAAAAGAAUGAUGUUUACUUCACAUCGCUUAUUCAAGUUAUUCAAUGGAUGCAAAAUCCUACAGAACUCUCAUCGUUGAGAGACUUCCAGGAAUGGAAACAAGACAAAUGUGACGUGAAAGGACAACCUUUCUGCUCACUGCCAAAUGCCUGCCCACUUACUACACGAGAGUUACCAGGGGAGGUGCUCCGUCUCUUCACUUGCAUGGAAUGCCCGAACAAUUACCCUUGGAUUCUUGAUCCUACGGGUGAAGGCUUCAAUGUUAAGAAGUGA